AUGGGGAAUGAUGCGAUGAGCGAGGCCUUUUGUCAGAUUUCAAAAUCACCUUUUACAAGGAGAAUUGAUAGACACAAGCUUCCCCAUCGGUUUACGCAACCUACUUUUAACAUUUACAAUGGAAGAAUCGAUCCUAUCGAGCACGUGAGCCAUUUUAAUCAAAGGAUGGCUAUCCACUUAAGGAACAAGGCUCUUAUGUGCAAAGUUUUUCCUUCUAGCCUCGGGCUUGUUGCCAUGAGAUGGUUUGAUGGGCUAGAUGAAGGCUCCAUAAGAUCCUUUUACGAACUCACAAGAGCGUUCGAAGCAAGAUUUGUGACGUGUAGUAGGGUCCCAAAUCCCUUAGAUUCCUUAUUGUCCAAGGUGAUGAAGGAAGGAGAGACUUUAAAAACCUAUUCUGAUAGGUAUUGGGAAACAUUCAAUGAGAUAGAUGGUGACUUUGAUGAUGUAGCUAUAAGGACCUUUAAGGUCGGGCUUCCAACUGAACAUGACUUGAGAAAAUCUUUGACGAUAAAACAUGCUCGUAGUAUGCGUCAACUUAUGGACUGCAUUGAUGAGCAUAAACGGGUUGAAGAGUAUCAGACCCAAGGGAAAGGCAAGGCCAAAGCCUUCCCGGAGAAGAGGGAUCAUCAGUCGGGGAGUUAUAAUCACAACCGACCCAGGAGGGAUUUUAUUAACCAGCCAUCGGGGGCUAGUGCUCAAAUUGUUAGCUUGGUGUUUAAGGAGCCAGUAUAUCAAAUCCUCGAGAAGAUAAAGAAUGAGUCAUACUUCAAAAGGCCUAAUAAGAUGGAGGGAGACCCAUCUAAAUGGAACCAGAGUCUUUAUUGCCAUUAUCAUUAG